AACAAAUCAAAUGCCCUAAACACCACCCAUGGAUUCCCACUCUCCCUACUCCUUCCUCACUAAAGGUUCUCAGGUUGAAGUUAGCUCCGACGAAGACGGUCUCACCGGUGCUUGGUUCGUCGCCACCGUAAUCCAUCCUCCUCCUUCCGUCUCCACCUCUAAAAAGAACAAACCUCCAAAUCACCAUACCCGCAACAACCUGGUCUAUGUCGAAUACCAUAAUCUUUUAUCCGAAGACGGCUCUUCCAGACGCUUGAGAGAGUAUGCCAACGUUUCCUACAUCAGGCCUUCACCGCAUCCCGAUACCAACGCUCCUGCUCCUAAUUUCCAACUCAACGACCUCGUCGACGCCUUUUACCGCGACGCCUGGUGGACCGGCACCAUAUCAGCCGUCGUAGACGACUCCAACUUCAUUGUCGCCUUCCAAAACCCCCCCGACCAAAUUCAAUUCCAUUCUUCUGAUUUACGCGUCCAUAGAAAAUGGGUCGCUGGCAGAUGGAUCCAACCCGAGAAGCAGCAGGGUUGAUGUUCACGGCAGGCAAGAAAGUAGAAGUGUCUUUUGAGAGAGAAGAUUUGCGAGAUGUAUGGUUCCCUGCAACUGUCCUAAAAGACUCCGGCAACAACUGUUUUCUGGUUGAGUAUCAGCAGCCAGGAAUCGGUGAUGAGGCAGCUCUUCAUAAAGUUACAGUAGAUUACCUUCACAUCAGGCCCUCACCCCCUCAUCUAAGGGAUAAAAAUUUUGUUCUGUUGGAAAAGGUGGAUGCUUACUUUGACUUUGGCUGGUGGAGUGGAGUAAUUACCAAAGAACUUGCUGAUAAUAGGUAUAAUGUGUUCUUUAAACACGCAAAAAAGGAAAGAGAAUUUAUUUACUCAAGAGUGAGGCCACAUAUGGAGUGGAAAGGUGGAAAAUGGUUCAACACUUCCCAGGGUGACGUGGAUGGGAGAACAAUUGGUUCCUUGAUGGAUAGGCAGAUUGAGCAGACAACCCCUAGCAUUGGUAAACAAUCUACUGUUGCAACAUCGAUAAUGAAGAGAACAAAGCAGACAACUCUUGAUAGUAAUGACAAGAAUUCACUGCCUUCCAAGAGAUUGAAUAAUGAAAUUUUGUCUGAUGAUCCAAGUCUAUCCAAAAUGGCACCAUGUAAGAAGUCGAACAACCCACCUGUUGGUCAGUCUGAGGGAUUCGAUUCUGAAGCAAGUGUAAUAAAUGACCAAGCCUUUGGUAAAACUGAGAAUCUUUCUCAUGGAAAGAAAGUGUAUUCAGGGUCAGGAUUGACUUUUCAGUUAUUGCAGCGUAGUAAACGAGGAAAAGGUACUGAACUGAAAAGUCCGACAAUGGAUUCUUCAAGAAAGAAGGUGAGAUUAGCAGACGAACCUAGAAGCUUGAAGGCUCUAGGCAAAGGAGCUAAAGGUGAUCCAGUCCAAAAUGGAACCCAAGAAAAUGUGGAAAGAGAACAUGUUAGCAAAGAUCUGGUCCUUCCUGUUGUCAUAGGGUUGAAAUGUAAUGUAAUGACAAUAUCAGGAGGGAAGAAACUUCAGCAGUUGUCCAGUGAAAGAAUGCCAAAUGUUGCAGAAGGUGAGACAAAACAAUCAAGCAUUUCAUUGGCACCCCUGACAGUGGUUAAUGAGGAGGGAAAAGAAGGGGAUGCUGACACUGUUGCUCCAAAAAGGAAGAGGGGUAGACCACCCAAGUUACAAGCCAUAAGCCCCAAGACUCCUGUCGCAGUUAAUCAUCAAGAGGGGGGUGUUGGUUCUUCUGCAGUUUCUGUGGUGGAAGUUACUCAAAGGAAAGAAGUUGGUUCGCCUACAAGUUCAGGAACCAAAGCGUUGGAAGAGAACCAGGCACCUGUAAAGGAGCAGUUGGGAUUUGAUGUCGAACAAGACGCCAUAAAGCAGAACAUGUCUACUGUAAUGGAAAUUCUCUCAACGAGUAAAGACAAACUGCGAAAUGAAAAUGUUGGGCAAGAUAGAAAUUCUCAAAGGGGGAAGAAAAAGUAUUCAUCAAUUAAAGGAAAACGAGGAAAGCGACGGACAAUCAGUAUAAACACCGAAUCUCCAGCUGAAGAUUGUCAAGGUGCAUCUAAAGAAAAAGCAGAUGGGUGUGUGGAGAAGGCUUCUGCAAAAAAUACUGAAGCUUCUGUUGGGAAAUCGCUGGACAUGAUGUCUGAUGAUCAACCUCUUUCGAGGUGGUUUGGAGGAAUGCAGUCUCCAAUGGCAGAGGGAAUGUUGGAACAAUCAUCCAAGGCAAGUGAGAGAAGGUUGGAGAUUGUUACUUGUGAGAAUGCCAUAAUCUUGCCCUUUGUGAGAAGCACUCCACUUUGGCAGACAAUAGAGUCAAUGGAAGCAUUCCGCAUGAUUCCACAAAAACCACAUUUCCGUCCAUUGUUGGAAGGUGUGAAGGAGAGCGCUCGGGAAGGAUUGGCUAUUGGUAGCAUGGUGACAUUUUCCAGCGUAGUGGAGAAGACUUGUGGUUUGAGGUUUGAUGAUGGGAGAAGUGGGAUCGAGGAUUGCUUGGAAACACUGGUAGAAUUAGAAAGCCAUGGAUUUGAGGUGGAGGUGAUAAGGGAUCGAUUGACAGGUUUGCUUUUGAUAAAGGACAAAGAGGAAGAGCUGGAGGAGCGGUGGAAAGGGGUUGGAGAGAAAAUAGAGGAGCUUAAGUUAGAAGAGAAGAGAAUGGAUGAAGAGAUUGGUGAAAUUGAUAGGGAGAUAAAGGAGUUGGAGGAAAGACGCAGGCAUUUGUUAUUGAAGAAGGAGAGAAGGGAUUCAGAGGUGGGUGUUAUGAAAGCAGCGAUGGAGCAAGAAAUGAGACAAGUUGGCGUAGAAUUUGAUGGGUUAGCAGCUGCCCCUCUUUGAAGAUUAUGAUUAGAUAUGUUGUGGUGAUGUGAAUGUUGUUCGUUGUAAAAUCGUCCUUAGCAUUUUUAUUUAUAUCCAAAUUUCUAACAUGUAUUGUUUUAAAACCUAACCUUGAAUGUUGUCCGACUGUUUAACUCCUUUUUUUAUUUUUUAUAUAUAUGAGGUGUUUUAUAUAUGAAUUGUUGUUGCAAUUUGCAAAGCCAGAGUAGAUUAUGAUGAAUUCCCUUGUUUUAAUUUU